AUCAUACACCCAAAAUCCACAAAAUGGUAAAUUUUCAUUAUUAAGGAGACAAAGACAAAUUCCAAAAUAAUAGUUUAAAACAACACUAUUUUCUUACAAUGCUUCAGAAUGUGGAGUAUGAUGAUGAUUACAAUGCAAAACCUUCAACAUCUUCCCAAAAUGAAUCUGUGGCUCUUGAAUUAACUCAACCAACCACUAAAACAGAAGUCCCAAAUCUAGAUAUUAUGAUUCCUUUGCCUAUUAGCGACGAAAAUAUUAAAAUAAAUUUGAUCAAUGAUAACAUUAAAUCUUCAAAGAUGGAAGAAAUUUUAAAGUUAUCUCCAAUAAAAAUUCCAGAAAAUUCUCAGAUCACUACUCAAAAAAUUCCUCAAUCACCCUUUACAGUUUAUCAGAUAAAAUGGGUAAAAUGGAGAGGUAAAGACUUUCCUAUAAUUACACAGAAUGAAAAUGGACCAUGUCCUUUGAUUGCUUUAAUCAAUGCUCUCCUAUUGAUGGAAAAAUUUUCUAUUCCAAGUAUAAUUGAAAUUGUCACACCUGAACAAUUAAUUGAAUACAUUGCAGACUAUAUCUUAGCAAAUAAACCAAAGAACAUUCCUGACGAACAUUUAAUUAACUAUGAACAAAAUGUUCAAGAUGCUUUAGCAUUGCUACCUAAAUUGCAAACAGGGUUAGAUGUCAAUAUUAGAUUUACUGGACCCAAAGAUUUUGAAUACACCCCAGAAUGCAUUAUAUUUGAUCUACUUAAUAUUUCAUUGUGUCAUGGCUGGAUCAUAGAUCCUAUCAAUGAAUCGGCAACAGCUGAAUGCCUUUCUAACUCCACCUACAAUCAAAUCAUAGACAAAAUCAUAACUAAUAAAUGUUCAGUUGACUCUAACCUCGUUAAUUCUGCCCUAAUAGCAGAGAACUUCAUACAAACAACGUCUCACCAAUUGACUUACUAUGGGCUCUGCGAACUCAACUCUGUUCUUAAAGACGAUGAAAUGGUCGUUCUCUUUAGGAACAAUCAUUUCUGUACUCUUACAAAACACAAAGAUAAUCUCUAUACCUUAGUAACUGACCAAGGAUAUCUCUCCGAAAAAUGCGUCAUGUGGGAAACGCUUCACAACGUAGAGGGGGACGAAACGUUUGUAGAUGGCGUUUUCGAGAGGGCGGCAAUUCGACGCGAGGCAGUCCCUCUUUCCUCAAAUGUUAAUCAACCACAGACAGCUGGUGAUCGAGUAUCGGUGAAUGCCGAAUUGAUGGGCAAUCGGGGAAAUCAAAUUGAUAAUGAUUACCUGGUAGCCCUGAGCCUCCAACAAGAACAAAGUGAAUUGAACCAUCAAAAACAAGACGUUAAUUAUUCCGGAUCAGAAGAAUCAAAUUCGCGGACUUUCCAGCACAUCUCUGACAUACCCGACGAACUUUUGACCGAUUCGGACUUAGCUAAAAAGUUUCAAGCUCAGGAAGAUUUCAUGCUAGCUCAGGCUUUAUCUAGAGCAGAAAUGGCCGAAAAUAAUUCUACCAAUCAAAACGUUUCUCCGAAAAGAUCCAAAAAUUCGGCGCAACGCACCCCAAAUUUGGAAACAUCUGAUAACAGUGGUGAAGGGGAAGCAGAUGUUAGAGAUAAUCUCAAGAAAAAGUGUACUAUAUCGUGAAAACAUCAAAUCUUACUAUUGGUCAAAUCAUCAAGCCUUGCUAUACGUCAAAUCAUCAUUACACUGCAAGAUAGAAAAUUACCUAUUUCUUUAUAUUUAUAAGUUCGAUUUAUUUUCUUUAGCUUGCGUCUAAAACUUAUUUCAAAAGUUUUAAAAAAACUCUAAGGAAAUCUAAUAAAAAAAUUUUUAAUUCGUAAAUAUGUUUUUGAUCAUAUUUUAAAUCAAUUUUUUUUUAUUUAAAAAAAAUCUUAUUUCGUGUUUUUCGAUAAAUUUUUUGAUGUUUUGGACGCAGCCUUAAAAAAAUGUAACUAAGUAAAAUUAUAUCCUACAAAAAUAAUGCAUAUUUAACACUUUUAUUCUCUUCCUCUUUCAAUGUAUUACUACAAUAAGCUGAUAAAUUUAAUAUGUAAUUUUGAUGUAGCUUAUUUAUUUUAAAAUAUAUUUUUAUCGAAAAAAAAUCGAAAACCGGUGAUAUAAAACUGAAGAAAUAUUUAUUAUUUUACUCGAUAAAAUACCAGCAAAAUUAUUGUAAAAUUAUUUUUUGUUUGUUACUUGAAUAAUCCGAAGAAUAUUUUACAUUUACACAUUAUUUAAAGCAAUAUUUUUUAAAAUAAUUAUGUUAUGACUUAAGGUAACAAAUGUAGAAAAACGGUUGACUUCUAUCUAAUAUUAUUUAUAGCCCUACCCUCCUCCCCAAUUAAUGGUAUAAUUCAAUAUUGAUAGAUGGUAUUCUGUAAUUAUAUAAUUAUUGGAAAUUUUGUAUUUAUAUAUAAUUGCUACUUUUAGUUAUUAUUUUAUACACGAAUUAAUAUAUUUAUCAAAUUUUACUUUUAGUUAAAUUAUUUUUUUUUAGAAAAGAAUUAGUAAUUUAUGUAUAGAUAUUUAAAUGUAAAAUUUAUAUGCUUACAUUAUUAUUAUAAAAAUUAUUUAUUCUUUCUCAUCUAAGUUUUGCUGCCAUUCAUUCAAUUUUGAGAAUGAUCAAAAAUUCCCUUAACACUCGAAUUCUCUGCGAUUGACAUAAUAAUUUUUUUUAAAGAAAUCAAAUCGGUUGCCGUAUUUAUUUGACAUUUCAAAAUUUAAGAAAAAAAAAUUAUGCUUCACGGGAUGAUUUUUUUUGUAUUCAUGACUUAAUUAGUUAUAUUUA